AUGAACUCAGCAAAACACAUGGGUUUAUAUGAGACCCUGAAGCGCAACGUCCCAGACGCUUUGGAGUUAAUGUCUCAUGGCUUUUCACGUCAGGCGUCUUCAGAUCAUACAAGCCGCGGCAUCCAGAAAGAAUCUAUAGCCUGUUUGCAGUCAUGGGUGUGGUUUUCCCAGAGGGUAUCGGCGCAUAACGAUGAGCUCGUUGGCUCUUUACGUGCAUUGGUCCAGCCUACGAUUGCGGCCUUGGCCGAGGAAGAUUUGUACGAAGCGGCCGUGGAGCUGCUUUCCGAGAUAUUGUCCAACUACUCAGGGUUUCUGACGGAAGACCACUACGAGUCUCUCUUUUCUCUCUUCGAGACCCAAUGGUCUUGCGAACGCUACCAACGUCUUAUCGAUGGAGACUUCGACUUCGAAUCUGUCCAGUUCGGGCAGCUCAUGAUCGCCCUUGGUGAUUCCAAGGUUGAGACUCUCAUUCACGGCGUUGAUGCCCGAUCUUCUCGCUUUCUUGCACAUCUGCGCGGUCUGCUCUCUGCCCAAGGAUACCCUGUGAGCGAAGACAAGAUAUUCGUCCAAGCCCUUGAGUUUUGGUCUACCUAUGUGGAGACAUUAACGGACAGUAUCUAUUCGGAGGACGAAGAGUCCAAGGCUUGGGUAGCGACGGCUACAUCCCAUGUCCUGGAGGCCAUCUCUACCGUCUGGCAACGGAUAGCUUACCCACCUGCUAGUGUUCUUGCUGGCUGGGACUCGGCCGAUCGAGCAGGGUUUGGAGAUGCAAGGAAGGAUGUCGCUGACCUUCUCCAUGACUGGGCCAUCAUUGAUUUCGACAUUCGGAAAUCUGACUCUACAGUCGCUGUCACCCAAUUCGUCAUCAGAUCUUGA